CGGCCGGCGCCAGCGACGUUUGUAUGGAAGGCGGGAAGGAGCAGCCCGAGCCCCUCGCCGCGCCAUCUUCUGAGCCCGCGCUGUCAGCGCAGCAAGCGCAGCACGCGCAGCAUGCGCCGGCCCACGAGACUGCGUCGACGCCCGGGCAGGUGUAUGGCGCACACGCGGUCGCCGCCGGUGCUGCGGCACGCGCUGCGGCGCUGGUCCACAUAG